ACCUAUUAGGAGUGUUUACAAUGUUUGCCAGUAUUUAUGAACGUCAGAAUUUUAAAUUUAAAUAAUAAUCCUUUAAUGCACCCCAUUCAUUUAACAGGAUGCAAUGAAAACAUUUAAAAUAGGAUCCCAAUCUGACGUUAGGAAUUCUCUCAUUUUCUUAUAUACGUGAAAGUUGAUAAUAUACUAGUAAAAUGCCUACUACAGCUGAAAUCUAUGGUUAUGGUAUCUUAGCUAAUGCAAUAUGUUGCGUAUGUUCUAUUUGUGGAGCUGCCGUUUUGCCAUGUGCUAAACGGUUCUCAAAUGCAUACCACGUGUUUUUGUCUGUUUUUAUGGGUUUAGCUGUUGGGACAUUGUUUACAGGGGCAGUGGUUCAUCUUAUUCCUGAGGCUUUAGGUGUCCAUGGGCAUUCUGAUCACGAGCAUGAACACGAGGAUAACAGUACAGAACACGGCCAUGACGAUCACGAAGCAGGGAUCCAUGUUGAAAAUUACAUCUGGUAUACAAUGGUUGUAUUACUGGGAACGUACGCAUUUUAUCUUCUGGAAAUGAUAAUGACUUUUCUGAAAAAAAGAAAGGGACUUAUAUCAGAAAUCCCAACAACAACUGAACCAGGAGCAGCAACCCUCGGGAACCUUGAUAGUGAUUCCAAAAGAUCAAAAGACUUGUACAGUGUCAAUUCAAAUGGUAAAGUUGAUUUAGGAUCUGAAGACUUGAGAAAAGAAAAUGGUAUAGCCCCACUAGCAUACAUGAUAAUAAUCGGAGAUGCCAUACACAAUACUACCGAUGGUCUGGUGUUGGGAGCAGCUUUCUCGAGCGAUAUAGCUGAUGGGAUUGGUCUUACUAUAGCUAUAUUCUGUCACGAAUUACCACAGGAAUUAGGUGACUUUGCUGUACUUAUUACAAGUGGUUUGUCAUUCUGGCAGGCUAUAUUGGCCAAUUUGUUCUCGUCAUUGACAGCCUUCAUUGGUUUCUUCAUUGGUGUACAGGUAGCGUCGUAUGCAACUGCCGUCAACUGGAUUUAUGCGGUAACAGCAGGAAAUUUCCUGUACAUAUCCCUCGUUGGUAUGUUACCAGAGCUAAUGAAGUUAGGGACUAAAAGUUGGAAGACCUUCUGUUAUCACAACAUCGGAAUAAUAACUGGUGCCUUUAUAUUAGUUGUUGUAGCAGUUUUUGAAGAGCACAUAGAAGUAUGACGUAAACAGACAAUUACAAACCAAUAAUCACUCGUUUUGCUUAGAUACUCCACGUAUUCAAAAACAAGACAUGAUAUUUAUUAUUUAUCUAUAUUUAUUUGAUAUAUUAGAAUAUAUUUAGAACGUCUAUUUCCUUUUUAGCUCACACAACCCAAAGGGCCAUGUGAGCUUUGUCAUCGCUUUGCGUCCGUCGUCCGUCCGUCAUCUGUUGUCCAUCGUCCAUAAAUUUUUCGUUAAAAAAUCUUCUCUUCUGAGAACACUAAAUGACUUGAAACCAGAAUUUGUAUGCUUCAUCUGUAGGAUGUCAACUAUAAAAUGUGUGAUUUUCGUCCAAGUUGAUCAUCCAAUAAGGCCGCCGUGUCUAAAAAUAAAACAUAACGACCAAACUACAGUAUCGGGCAAUAUCUCUAAAACUUUAGCCAUAUUACACUGACAUGAUACAAAUGGUAAACACAAAAACCUCUAUAUACCUUGAAAAUUUUGGAAAAAUCUGUCCACCUGUUUUGGAGUUAUUUCCCCUAAAUAGUUAGUUUUAACUAUUUAGCAUUUCCUUUAAAGCGUAAUUGCAAAAAUUAUCAGCAUUACAAGAUUGAUCCUUCCUGGAAAUUUGUGAAAAUCUAACUUCUUGUUUUGGAGUAAUUGUCCCUGAUAUAUAUUUUUUUCCAACUGUUAUCAGUUGCAGGCUUUAUCGCGAAAACUAUAGGAACUAUGUUAAAAGUGUAAAGGGCAAAAAGGUUCAACACGACAAGAUAUACAUGUAUUGUACACUGAAAAUUGGAGAAAAAUCUGUCAAUCCAUUAUAGAUUUAUUGACCCUAAAAUAAUCUUUCUUGCAGUUUUUGAAUUUUAUUUUAAAAAAUAUGGGAGCUAAGUUAAAAAUUUAAUUUGCAAAAAAGGUUAAGCACGACAAGAUAGUUUAACCCUGGAAAUUUCAGAAACAUCUGUCAACCCGAUUUUGAGUUGCCCCCGAAAUAUACAUUUUUCCAAUUUUUCACUUUUUUGUUGUUGUUUUUUUUUAAAACUAGAGGAGCUAUGUUUAAAGUUUAAACUAUAAAAGUGAUAAGUAUGACAAUAUCUAUCUUCUCUUGUAUUUUUGGCAACCAAUUUGGAGAUAUUGCUCCUGAAAUAUUUGUUUUACUAUGUUUUGUAGCUUUUGCGGUCAUCUAAAAACUUAUAGGACCUAGUUUAAACAUGUAAAUUACAAAAAGAUCAAAAACACAAAGAGUAACUAUACUAUGUGCAUAUAAAAUUCCUACUUAGCAAACUUGCUAUUUUCUUCAUAGAUGAGCGAUGUAGGCACAUGUGUGCCUCUUAUUUUAUAUUUUUGAAGUUAUUUGUACUGAAUAGGGUAUAUUGAGUGUUAAUACAUAUUUUUACAAGAUGAUGAUCUAAGAAAUUUGUAUCAGCUUCAUUAGAGUCCGUAACAAUGAAAUUCAAUACAGUGAUUAUCGUUAUAUGAUUUUCACUGAUUGAAUUAUUAUCUAUAUAGGAGAGUCUGUAUAGAGGGAUCAUCAUUCUUGAUAUUAUUAAAUAAUUUGUACAAUUUUCUGUAUAAUAUCUACUUUAGCACCACAUUAUUUCCUAUUCCUUAUUGUUGGCCUCUUGUUUUCUAUUCUAAAUCAAUUAAUCGUAUCCAGGCACUCACGUAUUAUUAUAUAUUAGUAUAUUAUAUAGGUGUUUUAAGCUUCAACAUCACAGUAGGAAUAUGUUCCGCUAAACACAAUGUAGUAAAAAGAAGUUUAUUUCUGCAUUGAUUUGGCGUGCAGAUCUUACUUUUUAUCUGACAGCCAAAUCCAAACACAACAGACUAUUUGUUAUGCAUUGCGAUAUAAAUUCACAGAUUAGAACGCAGUUGUAUUAUUUUUUUUAUGUAUUUAUUUUAAACCUUUUUUUAAAUAAAGUUGAGCCUUUA